CUCUCUGCUCCUCUCCCCCUCCUCUAUAGUCUCUGCUCUCUCUCACUACGGUGUACGGGUCCUAUCGGUGAAUAGCGACAAACCGACAUCUUCUCUCUCUCUCUCCUCCAUCUCUUAAUCUGCGCCGGUUCUGCGCAUCGUGCGCCGGCGCCGUCGUGCAAUGAGUAGGAGGAGAUCGUCCUCCGUCGUUGCAAUCUCUACUCUCUUGUUUAUAUCUUUAGCUUCGAUUUCUUCGCUUUCAGAAUCGCUCAUGCUUAGUGAAUCGGAUCAGGUCGAUAGUAAUAUCAAUGUCACUGAAUCGAACAAUGUCUCUCUGUCUAAACCAAAGGAGGACAGCUUUGCUGACAUGAUUGACCGGGCUUUGGAAAAGGAGUUUCCUGAGAAUGAGCAGAAUGAAGAAAAUGAUGCUGGUAGCUUCAACAACAGUGUCGCUGAACAACAGGCUGUGUUGGAAACUGUAGCUAGAGUCAAAUCCAAGAAAAAUGACACGAAGGAGGAAAAGUCCUUCCAACUUCAUCAUGUUUUCAAUUUGGAUAAUGACAAUGGAGCAGAAGAUACCCCAACACUGAUAGACAGAAAGGAUAACGUCUUUAUAAUAUCAAAUUUCAAAUCAAAAUAUCCAAUGCUGCAGUUGGACCUGAGAUUGAUAUCAGAUCUUGUAGUUGUCAUCGUGUCUGCAACUUGUGGCGGCAUCGCCUUUGCUUGUGCUGGACAACCGGUUAUUACUGGAUACUUGUUAGCAGGAUCUGUUGUUGGACCUGGAGGGCUGAAUGUCAUCAGUGAAAUGGUGCAGGUUGAGACGGUGGCCCAGUUUGGUGUCAUUUUUCUUCUGUUUGCUUUGGGGCUGGAGUUCUCCACUACAAAGCUUAAAGUUGUACGAGCGGUUGCUGUUCUUGGAGGCCUACUACAAAUCUUCCUUUUUAUGGGUCUCUGUGGAAUUACAGCCUCGUUAUGUGGGGGUAAACCUUCAGAGGGGGUGUUUGUCGGUGCAUUUCUCUCAAUGUCUUCAACAGCAGUGGUUUUGAAGUUUUUGAUGGAAAAGAACAGUACCAAUGCACUUCAUGGACAAGUUACGAUCGGCACCCUUAUUUUGCAGGACUGUGCUGUGGGUUUGCUAUUUGCUCUGCUUCCUGUUUUGGGUGGAACUUCAGGUGUUCUGCAAGGAGUAAUAUCCAUGACUAAAUCGUUGGUGGUGCUGAUAGCAUUUCUGGUUGUUCUGUCCAUAUUAUCGCGCACUUGUGUUCCUUGGUUCCUCAAGUUGAUGAUAAGCCUAUCAUCUCAGACCAAUGAACUGUAUCAGUUGGCGUCUGUUGCAUUUUGCCUACUCGUUGCUUGGUGUAGUGACAAGCUGGGUCUAAGUUUAGAACUGGGUUCAUUUGCUGCUGGAGUGAUGAUAUCAACAACUGAUCUUGCUCAACAUACACUUGAACAAGUAGAGCCCAUUCGCAAUUUCUUUGCCGCCCUUUUCCUUGCCAGCAUUGGGAUGCUGAUCCAUGUUCAUUUCCUUUGGAACCAUGUCGAUAUCUUAUUAGCGUCAGUUAUAUUGGUGGCCAUUGUUAAAACAAUGGUAAUUUCCACAGUUGUGAAGGGUUUUGGCUACAACAACAAAACUUCACUUCUUGUCGGAAUGUCAUUAGCACAAAUAGGGGAAUUUGCUUUUGUCCUUCUCAGUCGGGCUUCAAAUCUUCAUCUUGUUGAGGGGAAACUAUACCUACUGCUGCUUGGGACAACAGCUCUUAGUCUGGUGACUACUCCAUUGCUUUUCAAGCUAAUACCAGCUGUGGUACAUCUUGGGGUGCUCCUAAGGUGGUUCUCCCCUGAUAUUCAGACUGAGAUAGGUUUUAAAGGGGAAAACCUCCGCUCAGAUAGUACUAAGCAGCGGAUUGCUUUAAUCUCCAAGGAUCUCUUGAUUCAUGAAGGUUAAAUUUAUGAGCAACAUGUGAGCUCUCCGGUUCAACCUGAAAAGAAAUUUUUUCGCCAGCCUAGGUCUCCAACAACGUGAGUUUCAGUGGAUUCAUUUUUUUCUCAACCAUCCUCAAACAAAGUGCAUCCCAUUUUCUACAGUGUACAUCUCUGAUCAAAGUAGAGAACAACAAAGCAACAUGAAUCUGGGAAAUUGGGAGGCCGGUAUAACUGGUAAUCUAACUAUCAAGCAACUAACAAAUUGAUGUUUCUCUUGCGAUUGAGGUAAUCAAGCAACUCGACCUGUGACUUAUUCUUUUGGCAUUUUCGUACCCAUCUAUGUAACAUAAUUUUCAGAUGUUGUGUAAUUCACAUUGAUAUAUGAUUCCCCACCCCUCCCACGCUACCCCAACCCCCUUUUUGUGUGGUUGUUUGAUUUUUGAAAAUCAAAAUGUCGGUUCACGUUUAAGAUAACUAUAUGGAAUGCUUUAUUUCUAACUCAUCAGUGAUGCAUAGGUUUUUUUUUGGAACCGAUAUUCUGCUCUUUGGACUCGUGCUUAUGCAAACUCCGAAUGUGUACCAAUCACAAGUGUUGCACAAAAUGUUGUACAAGGUAUUUGGAAUGAAAA